AUGGCCUCUAUCACUCGUGCGUUGCGGCCUUUGUCCCGCACUGCUCCCUCCCUCCGUUCGGCCGCGAGACGGCCGUUUCCCUACCGAUUCGCUCAAAGCACCGCCCCCACAUUCUCAACCACGUCCCUUCGACAGGACCCCGACCUCUCGCAUCUAACCCCGACCCCGAUCUCGCUCCUCUCGGAGACAGAGACCUUCCUCCACGAAUCCGUGUCCAAGUUCGCGGCGGAGCAAAUCGGCCCCAAGGUUCGCGACAUGGACGAAGCCGAGGCCAUGGACCCGACGAUCGUCGAGCAGCUCUUCGAGCAAGGGCUCAUGGGCAUCGAGCUGCCGGAGGAGUACGGCGGGGCGGGGAUGAACUUCACGGCGGCGAUCGUGGCGAUCGAGGAGCUGGCUCGGGUGGAUCCCAGCGUGAGUGUGCUGGUGGAUGUGCACAAUACGCUCGUGAACACGGCGAUCUUGAAGUACGGUGAUGCUCAGGCGCGUCGGACGUGGUUGCCCAAGUUGACGACGGGGACGGUUGGCUCGUUUUGUCUGUCCGAGCCGGCGUCCGGGUCCGAUGCGUUUGCGCUGCAGACCAAGGCCGAGAAGACGGCGGAUGGGUAUAAGUUGAAUGGGUCGAAGAUGUGGAUUACGAAUGCGAUGGAGUCCGGGAUCUUCAUUGUCUUUGCGAACUUGAACCCGAGUCAGGGGUAUAAGGGAAUCACGGCGUUCAUUGUCGAGAAGGAUACGCCUGGUUUCUCGAUUGCGAAGAAGGAGAAGAAGUUGGGUAUUCGGGCGAGUAGCACCUGCGUGCUGAACUUUGAUGAUGUCGUCAUUCCCAAGAGCAAUCUGCUCGGCGAGGAGGGUCAGGGUUACAAGUACGCUAUUAGUGUGCUGAACGAGGGCCGUAUUGGUAUUGCUGCCCAGAUGACGGGUCUGGCUCUGGGUGCUUGGGAGAACGCUGCUCGUUACGUCUGGAACGACCGCCGUCAAUUCGGCCAACUGAUCGGUAGCUUCCAAGGCAUGCAACACCAGCUGGCCCAGGCCUACACCGAGAUCGCCGCGGCGCGCGCUCUCGUCUACAAUGCCGCUCGCAAGAAGGAAGCCGGCCAGGACUUCGUCCAGGACGCCGCCAUGGCCAAGCUGUACGCCUCCCAGGUUGCGGGUCGCGUGUCCGGGUCCGCCGUCGAGUGGAUGGGCGGCAUGGGAUUCGUGCGUGAAGGCAUCGCUGAGAAGAUGUUCCGCGACAGCAAGAUUGGCGCCAUUUACGAGGGAACGAGUAACAUCCAACUGCAGACCAUCGCUAAGCUCCUGCAGAAAGAGUAUACCCAAUAA